AACGCUUUUCCUGGUUGUCAGGCUUAGCAGGCUCUCCCCGUGUAGUGAAAUGACGGGAAAAUGAUAACGUAAAGUGCAGGUAGAACCGUUGUACAUGUGCAGAAAUCGCAGACACACACAUACACAUGUGGCUUGAAAUUGUGUGCCAUUCAAAGAGCCAUGUGGUCAUCUAUAGGAGUGACUAUUUUAAUAUUAAAUCUGGCCGCCGGUAUUACCAAGGCCGAACAAGCGUGUCAUGUCGAAGAUAAACAAUGUUUGGAAAUCAAUGUACGGCAGAUCCAAAACAUCCAGGAUUGGUGGAAGAGGCAAUCAAUGAUGAAGCCAGUCAAAUGCCAUGGACCGCCUCCAGUGGAUCUGGGAGAAGUGAAUCCCAAAAAAAGCAUUCCCAUCUUAUCUUCGAAGUUGUGUGAUCCAAAACAAAAGUUCCGACCGCAUGCAUUCCGAGGAGAUAUUGAUAUCAAUGGACACUACCAAGGGUCCGGGAAAUUCAAGCUCGAACCCACCAAUGACGAUUCCCAGAUCAAUGGCAACGUGUGCUUCUCCCGAGGAUCCCUCCUGGGUCAGGCACCGGUUAACAUCACAGGCAAAUUCAAGGAUGGUAUUCCUUAUGGACUGCUGAAGGUUGAAACCGAUUCAAACCACACCGUCAUUGGACAGUUUGUUGACGGUUCCCCUCAUGGAUACCUUCGACGAUGGAACCAAACCAAGCAGUUGAAGUUGUUGGGACAUCUCAAUGACGGAGUGUUCCGAGGUCGGUGUUGGUUCUCGUACCACGGACUCUUGAUGGAAGAGAAUUGCGAACACGUGGGGACAUGGGAAAAGGGCCAAGAUCAGACAUUGGUCUUUUUGAACAGCACCACGGUCAUUGCGGGACGUCACAAUUCUUGGGGCAAUUUCAUCGACGACGCUCGUUUUGUGCGCAUCGAUUCCACUUCAGAGCAGGAUUGCCAAAUGGUCGUGAAGUAUUCAGUUAUGAAGGGCACACCUUUCAGGUUCAACAAGUUCACCAAGGAGUUCCAAUUUCUUGACGGGCCAGAGUAUCCAGAUUGCCCGUACUCGGGAACUUGGAACAAAAAAAACGUAACCAGAGGUCUUUUGAAAGAGUGGUUCAACCCAUUGAGUGGAAUGGAUUUUGAGAACAUAUGGCGCCAACGCGAGUCCUCCUUACCGGUAUCACCACAGGCGCCCAAACUAUUUCAAGACAUCCAAAAGAUGGACUCCGGCUUGUACAAUUGUUUGGCGAUGGGCAGCCAAGAGCGUUUGCAAUUUAAGGUCCUGAAGGGUCUGAUUGACAACAAGGGACGAUUCCAGGGUCUCUUUGCCUUCAAGUUUGUCAAUGGGGUUGGGAUUCCUGAACCCUUCUUUGACUCUGGAUGGGUAGAAAUCCACGGGUUUAUGAAGGACAAUGUCCCCAUCCGGACAGUUAUAUUCCAAUAUCCCGAGGGUCGGAUCCUCUCUGCUCGUGUUAAAGAAGGUGUUCUUCAUGGAAUGAGUUCGCUUUUUGGCGUUCGGGCCAUUUAUCCCCUUGCCAAAGAGUUUGGCUUUACAAUCUUGGAACGCAGUAACAUUUCCCGUGGUCAUGGAGUGGCAGGUCUUUUCAACUUUAGGAAUGGCAAACCGCACGGAAAUGCUUGGAUCCGCCUUCUCUCAGAUGGAUUUAUUCAUGGACGGUUCAAUGAGAACGGGUCUCUCACCGGUGAUAAUUUGUCUUUCAUCUAUCCGGAUAUGAGCAUCGCAUAUGUGGGUCAAUUUGAGAACAUGGUGAUGAAAGCAGCCAAAGUUGCGGAAGUGGUGGCUGAACGUUGUGACGAGUUUGGGAUCAAGGAAGUUCAGUACAGUGAGCCAUCCGGACCUGAUGUCUUUUACAGCCCACCCACCAACAUCAGCUUUGGUGAGGGGCCCCGAAUCCCUGAUCCUUAUGAACAAUCCAACGUAGUUUUAAAGCAAUCGAACGUUCCCAAUGGUGGCCAAGGUCUCUUCGCCAAAAAAGAUAUACUCCAUAACCAAAAAUUCUGUUUUUACUCGGGUUACAUCUAUCGCAACGACAUUGAGGUGGACAUUUACAAACAACGAUUUGAAUUGAACCAAAGCUUGAGCAUGGACGAUCGCCGCAAGGGCAUCACUUAUUCGAUUGGAACGACGAUUUCGGCGGCACAAAUCAACAUACCUCCUGAGCUUCAUGGACCAGGUCAUUGGUAUCCUACCUUGGGACAUAAGGUCCAAUGCGACUUUCGUGAACGGGGUGCCAAUGCCGUGUUUACGGACACUGAACAUCCACGCUACGGCAACGUUGUGGGACUAUUGGCACUGCGAGAUAUCAAAGCUGGCGAGGAGAUUUUCGUGGACUACGGGUACAAGGCGAACCUGGCUCCAUAUGAUUUCCCGUGGUAUCACGAGGCGAAACGUCAGAUGCUGCUUGAGAAAAUGGCAAACGAACAAGCGGAAAACCAAAACCAGACAGAUGAUAAUCAAGAAAAUGAGGAAAUAUUUGGGGACCAAACACCGUAGUGAGUCAUUUGCACUACUCCUUGCAGAUAAUAUGUAAUUCUCAUCCAAGAAUUGUCAUUUUUGCUUAUUUUACGUCUAAUGAAAUGACUUUUAAGCACAUGAAACAAACUGUCUAGAGAAAAUAAAUAUCAAGUAAAAGGCAA